GGGAAUACUUCAUUCAACCUCAUUAGAACAGCUUUCAGGAUAGUACUUCUGUAGGCUGAGGAACACCCAGAACAAGGUGCACAAUGUCUACUUCCACGGAUGUAUGGCACACUGAAGACUCUCUCCCUGAGGAGACUUGCUCUCGUGUAGAAAGCUCUGACGGGAGCUCAGAUGGAGGUCUGGAGUGCACAAUCUGCUUCAGUUCCUAUGACAACACCUUCAAGACUCCCAAGUUGCUGCAGUGCCAGCAUGCCUUUUGCUUGGAGUGUCUGGCCAGACUGGCAGCCAGCACACCAGCUGACCAGUCCUCUGAUAUCAUCUGCCCACUUUGCAGGAGCCAGACAGCGUUGCCUGAAAAUGGAACUCCUGCCUUAAAAACAAGCCAAGAGCUACUCGCUCAGCUCCCACCUCAGCUACAACUUGAAGAACCAGUAUGGGUGGAAGGCAAGAAACUGUGCUGCAAGAACUCAAAAGAGCCUGGUAAUUCUGACUUUUGCAUCUGUAUUGACAUUGGUGAAACAAAACCAGAAAAUGCAGCUCCUCCUGCCACAGUAAUAGACAAUAGACUACUAAAUUGCUUCGGUCUCCUUGGUGACUGGAAGAGACUAGUACUAUUUAUACUCGUACUCAUAAUUUUCCUUGGCAUUGUGUUAUGGCCACUCCGAUGUGCAAUUGCCACACAAAAUCUAAGCUGUGCUCGCAAUCCUCCUCCAACAUCUGCCCCUGUCAAUACUACAAGAUAAUCAUAGGGGCAAGUUUUUGCAUGUGGAGCUGGUGUUGCAUGACAUCUGAGCAUUCUGCUAUCUGUUAAACUUGGAAGAUUCACAACCAGUCAAGUGAUUCACCAAACACUGCAAGAAAUAAUAUCCAACUUGGUAUAAGUUAAGGGUUCCAGAACUCUCAAUUAAGACUUGUGCAUGCAAUGCACUGUGCAGCUAACAAACUGAACAGGUUUAAUUAUCAAAGGUGGUCAAGCAAAUGAGGAACUAAUGGUUAGAGAACAACUGGAACUUUUGAAGCCAGUCAGUUGUCUACAGUAACUUUCUUUUGGAGGGGGUAAAACAAGUCUGCAAUUUUUAGUCGGAAUACAUGCUACAAAAUAUUCAGUAUAAAUGAAGUUCUGGCAUUCUUAUUUGAAUAGAAAUUUGAGCACUUACUGAAUUGUUAAUAGAAAACACUUUUUUUUUCCUGUCACAAGUGGCUUUCAUGUACCCCUCAUUAGUCAGUGACUUUUCUACUGUAAAAGUAGAAAGACUUGUACAAAAAUCCUUUUUUAACAAGUCACUGACUAACCAGCAAAGCCAAUGACUAGUUUGUGGCAGUUAACACUUUUCUUAAACUAAAACAAUUAAUUUGUUUAGCUUAACUUUCACUACAGUUCACUCUAAUGCUUCCUUUUGGCAAUGACUUUCUUUUCCUUGGAAGUGAUUAAUUAAUAAGUCCACUGGAUUAAUCUAGCAACAUGCCUAUUUUAGGGUAUUGUGGCAGUCCCAAUUUUGUCACGUGCACUUUCCUUGCCCUGCAACAAUUCAUAAAUAUUCCCAAAAUUCAAUAUUACCAGAAAUUUUAGCAUAUGUAGCUUCACUUUUUUUGUUAAAAAUGCAAAAUCCCUUUAUCUAUUCCAGUUAUGAAUCAUAAUUAUUUGCUUGCACUAGAAAUGAAAGUAAUCUGUUCAACCCUUGUUUUUUUUUUCUCUCACCUAUUUGGCACAAGUGCUCUUAUCCCAGCUGCAGUAAGGACAACUCCAUAAUUCUGCACAUCACCAUCUGAAGUGUGUGGGGUCUGUCUUUGCAAUCAAAGCAAUCUGCUCUUGAUACCUGAAUUAAGUCCUUUUUUGAUGGUUGGAUAAAUUUAACCAGUGUCCUUUAGAAUACUGGCCAAUUGUAUCAAAUAUCAUUUUUGUACUAGUGCAUGGACUUGUAGUAAAAGCUUCAUUACACUAGUAAGUGGUCUUUCUCAUUAGAGACAUCUUUACCAGGUUAGCAAUGAAUUUAACUGAAGCAAUACUCACAAUUACAGGUAAAUGCUAAUCUCUCCAAUGAGGUUAUUACAUUCUUUGAAUUGCUUCAGUGAAGCUCUAGAAAUGCCAUACCUUUUCUCAGUGUUAAAUAGGACAUUGCAACUGUGAACUUGUUUUUACUUUUGAAAUUGUAAAUGCAAUAUCUGUACUCUGCCAGAUUUUGAGCUGAGUUCAUUCCCAUUUUUGUAAACAUAUUAGUGAGAAUUCAAUGUGUCUUUAGUGAACAGAAGAAUCAUUUUAACUAUGUCUGCAACUAAUAGGUUAAUAAUGGUGUUCUAAAUUUGUGCAAUUGAAAGGUGAAGUACAA